AUGGCAAUGUUUGCUCUAAACAACAGCGAUAAAUCCAUACGGCAUUUAAGUGCAUUGAUAAGCGUUGCAAUACAUGUCAAUUAUGCUGGACGUGUUAUCCGCACAAAAACCAGGACACGUAUUUACGAAUGUAACGACGAUGACAAAAAAGACGACAGUGAAGGAAAAAGACGUCGAAAACAACGACGUAAUCGAACGACUUUCAACAGUACACAGUUGGCCGCCCUGGAAAGAGUCUUCGAACGGACGCAUUACCCAGAUGCCUUUGUACGUGAAGAAUUAGCUCGAAGAGUAAACCUCAGUGAGGCCAGAGUUCAGGUGUGGUUUCAGAAUCGAAGAGCGAAAUUCCGUCGCAACGAAAGGAACUCUAUGGCGCAGCGAAACAACUUGUACGGCGCCCACCAUCCAGAUAGCUCGACUCCAAUAGAACAACCGAUAACGCCACGCCCGUCCCCCAUGAACACAGACUAUUUGUCAUGGACGACUCCAGCGUACAACCCUAUCACGACGUCGUCCAGCUGCGCUCUAGUCAACCACACAUACCCUCCACAGCAUAGCGUUGGCUCAACCCUCGCCUGUUUACGGCUGAAAGCACAGGAGUAUAAUAACGUUAUGCAACACCCGGGUUAUGGAGGUGCACCUCAAAUGCCCCAAUAAGUCAAGUGACAUUGUCGGCUAACAAAACAAAAUAAGAGGCAGUAAAGAAAGAAAUCAAAAAGAAAAAAUAAAACAAACGAAAUCUCAAUUCUAAUAAUUACAUUUUAUUUCAUCAACAGUUGCUCUUGUUUCAUUAGAAAAUAAUUAAAAAAAAAGAAAGAGAGAAAGAAAGAAAAUGAAGAAAACUACUUAUCUCUGAGAAUAUGCCAGUGAUACUGACUUUGAAAACGGAUAAUGAUGUUUGGCUUCUCAGUGGUGUUAAUGAACUAAAAUGAUUGAGGUGACAAUGAGCAACAUUUUAAAUAAUAAUUAAAGGAUUAAAAAAAAAAAGAAAUUUUGUGCAUAACAAAAUCUUGAAGUUCGAGCCAAAACGAUAAUGAUAAUUAUAAUUAAUAGUAACACUGUUCGUUGUUCAGAACUGAAAAGAAAAAAAAAUUACACAUGAGGAGAAAUCUUUGUCAAGAGGUCUUCGCGGUUAUUUUAUUGUGUACAGUGUGAUUAUAGAAAAAAAAGUGUUUUUCUUAUGAGGAAUGGUAGUAGAUUUAAAGAAAAUGUAAACGAUAUUACAAAAAUAUAUCAGUAUUAUUCGUAAGAAUAACAAGAGUCAAAUAGAAAUUCAGUGACAAACAGCGGUUUGCCAUUGAAUGAAGUCAUCCAGUUCUAGCUGAAAAAGAAAAUCAUGGUAUGUCUAGAGACGUAUUAACACUGGUUUGUGUUUAAGGAAAACAAAAGCGAUACACAGUGUAUCGUAAAGCAAAUAAUACAUUAAGGUUAAGAACAACAGUAGUUGAGAGAGUUAUAUAUUAUCGUUUUUCUUGCUGAUACUCUAGUGGUAGACUGGUAAGCUUUUGGGUCCCGUUGAACGCAAAGGCAGGGUGCUAUGAAAUGUAAAUUUAGCGUCAUGUUGUACUUGAUUUAAAAUUAGCCUUGUGUGAUGAGCUCCAAAGACUAGACAGAUGAUCGCGACGAGCCGCGUUCGCGAUCCGUAACUAUUUCAUUUCACUCAAAUCUCUAAUGUCUUGAGAUAGAGAACAAAAAAAUAUCGUCACAUAAGCUGAUUUCCCGGUCUCUGUAAAUCUAAAGCCAUGUGCUGUAUAAGAAAUUAGUAUAUACCUUUAAACUAUUUUUAUCAGUUUCGGUCCUUUGCAAAACCUGAACAAAAUAAACUAAAUGACACCACAGGUGCCUUCAAAAAAUUUUCAACGAAAAAUUUACUUUUCUCUCUUUCCUUCUUUUUCUUCUUCGUAGUUAAGGUUAAAAAGUGAUAUAUAUAUAUAUAUAUAUAUAUAUAUUAUAUAUAUAUAAUAUAUAUAUAUAACGCAUAAUGAAAGUGAAAAUAAGUAUUUUAUUAAUUCAACUCCGAUGAAAAUAUCUAAAUCAAAUCCCAAUAUUCUCAAUAAUUUUCUCCAUUCUAGUCAAUGUCGAACGGGUUUCGGAUAAAAUUUUCAGGAAUUCAUUGAGUUGAAUCACACAGUGCCUUCAAUAAGAGUAUACAGAAAAAUAUAUAUAUAUAUUCUUAAGCAUUUUGCAUAUUUUAUAAAACCACUACUACGAUUGCUGUCGGCCUUCAUAACUAAAGACUUAAGAAGCGGCCAUAUUGACUUAUAUUUUUUUAAGAAAUCCACUGUUCUCAGCGUUAAAUCCAGACUCUUGUUUCGCAACCCUGAAAUGUAAAUGACUGACAAUAUAUUGUUGACAACUCCUGUAUAUUUUUCUCUAUGAUUUCACACGACAGAACAAUGAAAAAUUUGUGAAAAGAUAACUUAAAUCUAAUUAUAUCUUUUUAUCCUUAUUUGAUACAGAAGACAGUUCUUUUUUUUUUUCUUUCCAUUGUAGAAUGAAUCAGAUCUUCCACAUCUCUAAUUUCUUUAAAUAUAUAAAUAUAUUGUUUUAGUAAAGUUGAACUUAGCAGCUUUACUAAAAGUGCUGCCGCUGCUAACCCGCCAUCGGUUCUGACCUUUGCAGCUGAGACAUGUCAAAUAUUUUGUACCCACAUUUCAUCUGUUCCUCUAACAUUUGUACCUUUAACACUUCAAACAUUAGCGAAAAUAUCGCAGUAACAGCCAAUUAAUUAUGUUUUGUUAUUAAAUCAUAUCCUUAAAGUAA